CAACAUUGUUGCAAAGAAAGCCAUUUCAUAUUCAUUAUAAACUGAAUCAGUUGUAACGAAUCUCCAAAAAUGAGUUUUCAAUGACUCUCUUAUUUCCAUUGUACUGUUUAUUGAAUCUUUUAUUAUUUCAGAUACAAUUAAUCGUGAUUUAUAGAUAGCAAUUUAGCUAACAAAUAAUAACCGUCGUUAAUCUUCGCUGAUUGAAUCAAUGAGUUUCCUCGAAAGAUUUGUACAACUUGAAGAGGAUUUCUGUCAUGAUCCCAUGCUAAAUAAAAGAAACCUCGAAAACCUUGGAGUAAUGCUUAAGUAAACUAUCUCAUACCUGUUUGAAGUUUCCCAGCUGUACACCCUCACCACUCCACGGAUGAUUGUUAUAGCUUUUUAUUCAAACAUAUUAUUCAGGGCGUAUAAUAUGAAUUUAUAUGGUAACUGAAGUCUACUGAAACAUAACUAUUUGGAUUUAUGCUUCAUAUAUACGGGGUUAUUCGCAAAAUAGUAAAUAGGACUUUUAUUUGAAAAUGCUUCAUACCCUUGACUGACUUUUAGCUAGAUGAUCGGUGGAAUUCAGGAUGUAUUGAAUAGCUGUUUACUUUCUAGUUUGGGAUUCCUCGGCAUUGCACACCUGUGACCCUUCCAGAGAUUAAACAUAUGAUCUUCGGGCCUCAUUAGUGAAUGUACCACCUUAAAACUACUAAGUUUGAAUAACAUAUUUAUAGUUAAUUAACUUUCAAUUUACGAACGGUAAAAGAUGUAAUAAUAAUUAAUGGGUCAAACGAAUGUGUACACUUAGAACUAUAUUUAUAAAAACAUGAACGAACUGUUGGACAAAUACUCAUUAAAAGCAGUACAGAAGCUAUCUCAGUCAAAUGUAGCGACAAGUUUCACAUUUCCAGUAUGAAAAAUCACUUGAUCUUGCAAUUUUCUGGUAUUCACUACAGACUGAGUUCAGUUCGAGAUUCCCAGUUCUCCAAAUUAAUCCCUGUUGAAAUCAUGGGUACACACCAUGGAACCCAAUAUUAUGAGGAGACAGAUGUUUAGUUCUUCCUGGUUUUCAAUGGUUUAUCAACUGAGGUCAAUCUUUGAAAAUAUUUCAUUAACAAAUUACAACAAUUUCCCACCCCUCUUUAUCAAUAAUUUCAUGACUGUUCAGAAUUCAAAGCUAUAUAUUUGUUAAAUGAACUAAAACGGCUGUAGAAAGAAUUCAAUGAUUUCAUCGUCAUAGGCUAUCUCAACAACAAUUAAUUCAUAUAAACCAAUGGAAUCCCGUAUAAAUUUGAGCGUCAAAAUGAUUGGCUAAAAAGAUUAUUAUUGACAAUUCUGUCUCAUGAUUGGUUUUUAAUCCAUGAAAGAAACAUGAUUUACAAAAACGGACUAAGUUUUCAUAAAUUUUAUCAAGUGUUCCUCCUUUGGUGAUACAAAUGCAAUUACAACCUCCAGCUUAUGAAAGUCUUGCAGCUGUAGACAAUAUGAUUGGUGAUGAUAAUUCAAAUAGUAAUGUGGAACAAGGAAUUAUUCAUCCAGUUAGACGACGACCAUUUGGUAAAUCUCUGCGUAAUCGAUUGAAUCAUAUUGUCAGUAUGUAUAUACCCGGAAAUAAUCCUAUAGAAAACCGUUUAGUCGGUAUUGAUGAGACAACAGAUCAUACAGGAUUAUUAUCUUCUAACGAAAGUAAAUUAGGAUUUCCUUCUACGAAAGAUGAUGAAUUAUAUGAUAUAAAGUUAAUUUAUCCAGGUGAUCAAUUAAUCAAAGGUAUUCUUCGCUAUGCUAGUCUACCAGAUACAUUUUCGCCUAAUGAAUCUCCAAAAAUCACAUGUCUAGCUGCAGAUCAUAAAAUAAUUUAUAUUGGAUUAGAAAAUCUACCAUAUAUAUUUCUAAUUUCUGUUGAGUCAAGUGAUUGGAAUGAUCAAAAUUAUCAUAAAUUUGAAAGUAAUCAUUACAAGGGUUGUUUACAUCUUCAUUCUUCUGGAGUUGGAAAUAUUUUACCUCAUGAAUUAUGUGCUCAUUCUACUAAAACUAAUCAUGCUUUCCUCUACAUCGUUGGAACUAUACAAACUGAUAAUAUGAAAGAAGAAAAGAAAUGGAUUUUGGCAAAAUUUGAUUUGAAUGGUCAACAAAUUGCUCGUAGUCGUACUUAUUCAUAUCAACGUUAUUCUGGUUUAUCUGUAGACACUAAUGAUGAUCAUUUAUUGCUUGCUUGUCCUUCAAUCAAUGAAGUAAAUUCAUCGAAUAUUGAUUCGCCAGGACAAAUAUGUAAGUUAACCCCAGGAUUUGAACGUCGAGUAUUCUCUAUUACAAUGGGUAAAGAGUCUGUUUUCUAUAAACCAAAUUAUGUAACACAAGAAACAGCUGGUCAUUGUUGUUGGGCUUCUGUUGAACGUAUCCUUUAUUCUACAGAAAAUACAGAAAAUAUUUAUCAACCUACAAGAAGACUUUUAGCAUUUCCUGGACGUCAACCUAUUGGUGAAUUAAAACAAAGUGCACGUGAAUGGUUACAUGCUUAUUCAUGGGAUUUUGCUGAUUUGAGACCAGGUAGAAUAACUGCUUUCGAUGCUGAUCGUUUAUUGGUGAUUGAUGCAGAGAAUGGAACACUUUCUUAUAUUACUUGGGUAAAUAAUGAAGAGAAACCGAACUUGUAUCGUAUUACCCGUCCAUCAACGAAACCUAUACGUCUACUAUAUUCAACAUACAAUUCGAAAUGUUUAUCCAAUGAAUCAAGUAAAAAUGUUGCCUAUUUUGUAGCUGGUUCUAGUAUAUUCUCUUUUGCAUUUUGCUCCAAUACUUGUACAACAACAACAACAACAAAUAAUGAUAAUACUACUAUUAACAACAAUCACACAAAUCGCAGUGAAUUGAGUUUUGGAGUAAUUCUGCCUGACACUACACCUAUAUCGGAUGGUGAUUAUUUUGAAGAUGUUGAUUUUGUAGUUUCACAUCAUGGACAGGAAUUAACUAGGAAAUUGUUGAGAAGCAGUAAUGGAAAGGCAUAUGUUUGAUACUGGUACGGUUUGCUGAAGAAUGUGAAUGGAAGAUGUUAAGUGUUAUUGAAGAAUGGUGUGGAUGGCCAAACCAAAUCAUGUCAUUAGUCCAUGAUGUUGCGAACCGUUAAAAUGAUGCGUAUAAGUAGGUGCAGACUACCUGCUCGAUUAUCGUAAUGAAUGGUUAGAGACUGUAAAUGACAUCACUGAAAGUCGAUAAUAAUGUUGCACAAGCAUUUACUCAUCGUUUUCUCUUAGAUUUGUACUUUCUAAAUCGUCCAUGAAUUGUCUCGUCAUAGUUUCUUCUCGAAUUGUAUGUGGGAUGUCUAAUCUUCUCUAUUAUCAUUAUUAGUUAUGUUUCUACAUCUCCUAAUCUGUGAGUUCGUUUGAUUAUUUCAUGUCACUUUGCCAAUUGGAUGUGUCAACUUGAGAAGUUCUACAAAUGUGUCAGGUUCUACUUCAUUUUGAUCGAUUGAUAUUAUUGCACAUUUGUACUAAUACAUCUUUAUUCGAUCACUGAAUGCAGUGAUAAUUGUGAGUAGUGAUUGACUGAUAUAAACGUUUGUUUCUAGAUUAGGAUGUGAUACAUGUAAACUAUUAGUUUUGUGUAAUUAUGAAUCAAUAAUUGUUGUUUUCAUAGUUUUUUUCUAGUGUUCAUAUAUUACCUGUUAAUUGACCUUUAUAUGGAUUGUAUUAUUUACAACACUUGACCUAGAAUGAUGAAUGAUCUGAAAAUAGAGUAGAGAAAAUGAACUGAUAGGAUUGUUAUUAAUAAUGUUAUCAUUUUAACUGAAUUGACUGAUCAAACUAGUGUCAUCAAUUGUUAUGUUAGUAAUUAUUUCAUGACUAUUGAUUUCUAUGAAUGAUGUAUUGAUAAGGUGUACAAUUCAGCUGACUGAACAAUGAGAUUUUCAUUAAUCUGGUGAUCAUUUUACUUCAUUUUCAUGAACGCACUAUAUAGUUUGUAUUUAUCAAUUUACAAACGAAUAUACUUACCAAUUAAUUUCAUUUUCUUAUGAUGUUGUUCUUGUAGUAAACUAAUGAUGUCACUAUGUUGAAGAUUUCAAUUCAAUUCACUUUAUGGCUUUUUGGUAGAUUCAGUGUUUGUGUUAAUUAACUGUGAAUGUAAGUAUUUAAAUUUACACCGGCUGGUCUUAUGAAAUAUUCUACGACUGUUGUUUGGACAACAACAACUACGACUACUACUACAACUGCUCGCACUAG